AGAGAGCAGCCGAGGUCCCUCGGCCAGAGGGCCGCGGGCUGCACGGCACAGCCGUCCCGGUGCCGGGUGGUGCCGGCUGCCCGCAGACCAGCAGAACCGGUGCCGCCGGCCUGUGGCGCUGGGAGUACAGACGCAUCCGGCUGCUUGGGGUCAGGGUGAUGUCGGAGGCUGUGGAUCUGUCCUUCCUGUCGGACGUCGAGAAGGAUUUGAUCCUGCAGGUCCUGCAGCGCGAUGAGGAGCUCCGUAAAGCGGAGGAGAGGAGAAUCAGGCGCCUGAAGAAUGAGCUGCUGGAGAUCCGGCGCAAAGGGGCCAAGCGGAGCAGCCAGCGCUACAGCGAGCGGACCUGUGCCCGCUGCCAGCAGAGCUUGGGCCGCAUCAGCCCCAAAGCCAACACCUGCCGGGGCUGCAACCAUUUGGUGUGCCGGGACUGCCGCUCCUACGGCCCCAACAGCUCCUGGCGCUGCAAAGUCUGCACCAAGGAGGCGGAGCUGAAGAAGACAACAGGGGACUGGUUCUACGACCAGAGGGUCAACCGCUUUGCCAACAGGCUGGGCAGCGACAUGGUACGGCUGUCUCUGCGGCACAGGUCUGCAGCGAGCAAAAGGGAGACGGUGGGACAGACUCUCCUGCAGAAAGCACAGCUUGGUGACCCCAAGGGCUCCUCUGCAGCCCGGCAGAAGAGCCCCCAGGAGCCCCGGAAAGUGCCCAGUUUGUUUCCUGAUGCCUCAGACCUUCGGGAAGGCAAAAGUGACACAGAGUCCAUGGAAAACAUGAGCCUGGAUGGCUACAGACCUGCUCCUGCUGCCGGGGGGGGCAGAAGGAACUCUCUGGAUAAAGCCACCACUAUCAAAGAGGGAAAGCAGGUUGCUGGACCAGCAGGACCCACGGCAGCCAGCCUGACACUCCCUCUGCCCUCCAGAAAUGUGCCUUCUGUCACCAACGGGCGGGAGACUCCCACAGGCAGCCGAAGUAGCACGUUGGUGAAUGAUCACGAAGCCAUCUUCAAGAAGAACCCCCGGAGGGUGGUGAGGCCCGCAGACUACACCAAGUCAGUGAUCGACCUGCGCCCAGAGGAAUUUGUGGGUGAAAGCAGCUCCAUGGGAGACAGGAGCAAGUCAGUGCCCGGCCUCACCACGGAGCUGGAUGAGGAGGAGGAGGACAUUGACAACCUGGUGGAGAUCCAUCGGCAGCGGGUGGCACGGGGCAGCAUGCGCAGUGGCACCUCCUCGAGCACGCUGGGGAGCAUGGUCAGCAUCUACAGCGAGGCUGGUGACUUCGGGAACAUUGCAGUCACUGGAGGAAUCUCCUUCUCCCUGAGCUACGAGCAGAAGACACAGACGUUGUUCAUCCAUGUGAAGGAGUGCCGGCAGCUGGCCUAUGGGGAUGAGGCCAAGAAGCGCUCCAACCCGUAUGUGAAGACUUACCUCCUGCCUGACAAAUCCCGGCAAGGGAAGCGCAAGACAACCAUCAAGCGCAACACUGUAAACCCGCUGUACAACGAGCUGCUGAAGUAUGAGAUUAAUAAAUCCCUCCUGCUCACGAGGACGUUGCAGUUCUCAGUCUGGCACCACGAUCGCUUUGGCCGCAACACAUUCCUGGGGGAGGCGGAGAUCCCCAUGGACUCCUGGAACUUUGACAGCCAGCUGGAGGAGUUUCUGCUGCUGCAUGGGAAGACUGGGGUGGAUGCUGCUGGCCUCCCCCAGUACAAAGGGGAGCUGGUGGUCUCCAUGAAGUACAUCCCAUCUUCCAAGCACACCGGGGCUGGAAAUGGCAGAAAGGGCAAAGCAGGAGAAGGUGGUGAGCUCCAGGUCUGGAUUAAAGAAGCCAAGAACCUCACAGCUGCCAAAUCAGGGGGCACAUCGGACAGCUUUGUGAAGGGCUACCUCCUGCCACAUAAAAACAAGGCCUCCAAGAGGAAGACGCCCGUGGUGAAGAAGACCCUCAAUCCUCAUUACAACCAUACCUUUGUCUAUAAUGGCAUCAACCCUGAGGACCUGCAGCACAUCUGCCUGGAGCUGACUGUCUGGGACCGGGAGCCUCUGUCCAGCAAUGACUUCCUUGGAGGUGUUCGCCUGGGCGUGGGCAAUGGCAUGAGCAAUGGGCAGGCCGUGGACUGGAUGGACUCCACGGGUGAGGAGCUGAACCUGUGGCAGAAGAUGCGCCAGUACCCAGGCUCGUGGGCAGAGGGGACGCUCCAGCUCCGCUCCACCAUGGCCAAGCUGAGGCCCUAGGCAGCACCAUCACAGGCACCAGGGCUCAACCUGGGGUUGGCACAGCUGCUCUGGAGCUGCACUCGCAGCAUGGCUAGAUGAAUGCCAAACUUAAUUAUUAUUAUUUUUUUUGCCUAUAUUUUAAUAAACAUGACCCUUCUCUAAA